AUGGCUGCUUCUGUAGAAACUCCAUCAUCACCUAUUCUUACUAACAAGGAAGGAGCAACCUUGACAAUGGUAUCUGCAACUUCUUUAGAAUCUUCUCCAUCGCUUAUUCUUAGUCCGUCUUCCGACAAGCGUUUAUGGAGCAAUCUGCGUAAUAGGAUAGAUGUUCUUCUCGAAGAAAAGAGCAGAGACCGCAAACCCAUUGUCAAUUCUCCAUUGAAAUCUCAAACGCUUGCUGGAGAAACAGAGAGAGCAAAGAGAUUGAAGAACGAUUCGAUGCUUUUGCUUAAAGGGUUCGACUCUGUAUCUCAUACUCUAUCUCAGCUUUCUAGUAACCUCGACAAUGCCCUUCAGGGAGUUAGAGAAUUAGCUAAGCCACCUUCAUUGUCAGAGAUACUCCACUCGAAUCUCAAAGCUGAAGAGAUACAACGACAACAAAAGGAAGAAGAAGAAGAGAGUAAAGGGAAGAAGAGGAAACACGAAUCUGAUGAUGAAGUUAAAGAUGAUUCGUCGAGUGAAGACGAGACGAGACCAAAAGAGAGCAAGAUCAUGAAGAGAGCUAAGAACAUUGCGAUAACCAUGGCAGCGAAAGCGAAUUCGCUUGCAAGAGAGCUUAAGUUGAUAAAAUCCGACCUUAGUUUCAUCCAAGAGCGUUGUGGGUUGCUUGAAGAAGAGAACAAGAGGCUUAGAGAUGGGUUUGUGAAAGGUGUUAGACCUGAAGAAGAUGAUUUGGUGAGGCUACAACUAGAGGUAUUGCUAACGGAAAAAGCUAGAUUAGCCAACGAGAACGCGAACUUGGUUAGGGAAAACCAGUGUCUUCACCAGAUGGUGGAGUACCAUCAGUUCACAUCUCAAGAUCUCUCUUCUCCUUCAUACGAGCAAGGUUUAUGCUUAGAUUUCUCAUCCCCUGUUCCUGAAAUCGAUGAUGAAGAAGAAGUAGAAGAAGACGAGGAAAGAAGAGCUCUUCAUGUCUCGAAAUCUCUGAACGAAAGCUUUGAAAAAGCAGAAGAAGAAGAAGAAGAAGAAGAAGAAGAAUAA